AUGGUUACGAGAGAUGUAAAUGUUAGACUGAAUAUAGAGGAUAGGAUAAAAGAAAGAUUGUGCUUUAAGAAGCCUACUGUCGCUCAAGCGAAAAGGCUUUCUGUUCCGGCACAUCCUUUCAUUGAACCCUUGUCACAGUUACAGGAAUUUCAGGAAUUUAAUAAACCUGAAUCAAUACAAAAGAGAGCACGUGAUUCACUUUCGGGAACUGACCCCUAUGUUUCCCACAAGGAUGAGAAAUUCCGUAGGGUCAUGCCUUUCGACAGAGAACGACCAUUAAUACGUAAAAUUGCAAGUUAUGAAGGUGAAACGGAUAUCCUGAAAAUAAUUCAUAUUCUUCGUGAAAAUAAACGUAUCAAAUUCUUUUAUUUAACCAAUUGUUUACCGAAACGAUCAACAAAAUAUAACUUUUACAACCUUAAGGUUGUCAGCUUUCAAAAUAUCAAUCGUGAUGAUUAUUAUACUUUAAGCCUUAAUGGUUGUACACAUUUAAUAACAAAUGAUGAUAUAGAGCAUAUUACAUUGGAACGUUUUGAAACAGAAUAUAAAACAUUUAAAGAAAUAUGUCAAGAUGAAUGGAUGAAAUGUCAACGAAGUUGGUUAUAUUUAGAAAGUAUAUUUUCUGCACCAGAUAUUCAACGUCAAUUACCUAGUGAAUCAAAAAGUUUUAUGUCUGUUGAUAAAUCAUAUAAAGAUAUAAUGCGUAAAAUACAAAAAGUUCCAUUAGCUAUACGUGCUGCAACACAACCUGGUUUAUAUGAUACAUUACGUAAUAAUAAUCAAUUAUUAGAUCAAAUACAAAAAUGUCUUGAAGCUUAUUUAGAAUCAAAACGUUCCAUAUUUCCACGUUUUUAUUUUUUAUCUAAUGAUGAAUUAUUAGAAAUUUUAGCACAAACUCGUAAUCCAUUAGCUGUACAACCACAUUUAAGAAAAUGUUUUGAUGCUAUUAUGAAAUUAGAAUUUGGUAUAACACCAGAUUCUAUGAAUAAAGAUGAACCUGUUUAUACCAAUGAUAUAUUGGCUAUGCUUUCACCUGAAGGUGAACGUGUCUCACUUGGCAAGGGUUUGAAAGCUAGAGGUAAUGUUGAAGAUUGGUUAGGUAAAGUUGAAGAAGCAAUGUUUACAAAUCUUCGUAAAUUAAUGAAAAUUGCUAUAAAUGAUUUUGAAAGUUUACAUCGUGAAGAAUGGCUUAAAGCACAUGCAAAUCAAAUUGUUUUAACAGUAGAACAAUUAAUGUGGUCACGUGAUAUCACGUUAAUUUUGGAAGAUCCUCUCCCAGAAGAUCGUCUUGAUGGUUUAAAAGAAUAUGAAGCGAAAUGCUAUACAGGACUUAACAAACUUGCUACUCUAGUACGUGGAGAAUUACCAAAAUUAUUUCGUUCACUUCUAUGUGCUUUAAUUACAAUUGAUGUACAUGCACGUGAUAUGGUUACAGAAUUAGUCAAUAAUAAAGUUGAUUCAUUAGAUAAUUUUGAUUGGCAACGUCAACUUAGAUAUUAUUGGGAUUUAGAUUUAGAUACAUGUGUUGUAAAAAUGGCCAGUGCAUGUUAUAUUUAUGGUUAUGAAUAUCUAGGUGCAUCACCUCGUUUAGUAAUCACUCCAUUGACCGAUAGAUGUUAUUUAUGUUUAAUGGGUGCAUUACAACUAGAUUUAGGAGGUGCACCGGCUGGUCCGGCUGGUACUGGUAAAACGGAGACAACUAAAGAUCUAGCUAAAUCUGUAGCAAAACAAUGUGUUGUUUUCAAUUGUUCCGAUGGUUUAGAUUACAAAAUGAUGGGUCGUUUCUUUUCUGGUUUAGCUCAAUCUGGGGCAUGGUGUUGUUUUGAUGAAUUUAAUCGUAUUGAUAUUGAAGUAUUGUCUGUUAUUGCUCAACAAUUGAUCACUAUUCGAAAUGCUAAAGCAGCACGAGUUGCAAGAUUUAUGUUUGAAGGACGUGAAAUUAAAUUAGUACCAACAUGUGCAGCUUUCAUUACAAUGAAUCCUGGUUAUGCUGGACGUACAGAAUUACCUGAUAAUUUAAAAUCAUUAUUCCGUCCAAUUUCUAUGAUGGUACCCGAUUACCGUCUUAUUGCUGAAGUUAUACUUUAUUCUGAAGGAUUUGAAUCAUCAAAAACAUUAGCAUUAAAAAUGACACAAAUGUAUAAAUUAUGCAGUGAACAAUUAUCACAACAAGAUCAUUAUGAUUUUGGUAUGAGAGCAUUAAAAUCAGUAUUAGUUAUGGCUGGUUCAUUAAAACGUGAAAAUCCCGAUAAACCAGAAGAUGUUGUAUUAAUUCGUGCAUUAAGAGAUAGUAAUUUACCGAAAUUUCUUAAACAAGAUGCUAUCCUAUUUACAGCAAUUCUGCAAGAUCUUUUCCCUGGUGUUACAUUACCAGAACAUGAUUAUGGAUUAUUUCUUGCAGAGAUUGAAACAGUAUUACAAGAUAUGAAUUUACAAAUUAUUACUGAACAAGUAUUGAAAAUAAUACAAUUCUAUGAAACAUUAAUUGUACGUCAUGGAGUAAUGUUAGUUGGACCAACUGGUGGUGGAAAAACUACAAUUUAUCGUGUUUUAGCUAAAGUUUUAAGUAAUUUACAUGUAGCUGAAUUAAUAGAUAAGAAACCAGAAUAUCAACCAGUAAAAAUGUAUGUUUUAAAUCCAAAAUCUAUAACGAUGGGUGAAUUAUAUGGUGAAGUAAAUAAAUUAACAUUUGAAUGGCAUGAUGGAUUAUUAGCUUCUAUUGUUAGGCAAACAUGUGUGGAUCCUACACAAGAUCAUCAAUGGGUUAUAUGUGAUGGUCCAGUUGAUGCAUUAUGGAUUGAAAACAUGAAUACAGUAUUGGAUGAUAACAAAAUGUUAUGUCUAGCUAAUUCUGAACGUAUUAAAUUGACAAAUUAUGUUCAUAUGUUAUUUGAAGUACAAGAUUUAGCUGUUGCAUCACCAGCGACAGUAAGUCGUUGUGGUAUGGUUUAUGUAGAUUCAGAAGAUUUAGGUUGGUUACCAUAUGUUAAAACAUGGAUUAAAACAAUUGAAGAAAAAUUAACCCCAUAUGUAAUCGAAUAUAUUAUGAAUCUUUUUAUAAAAUAUGUAGAUCCUUUUAUGAAUUUUGUAAUGACUAAAUGUACAACAAUCAUUCCACAAGUACCUAUUGCAAGAAUACAAACAAUGUGUAAAUUAUUAGAAGUUCUAUUAACUCAUUCAAAUUGUCCAUCAAUGAAUGAAGAUAAAAAUAAAUUAAAUCCAUUAUUAGCUAUGUCAUUUGUAUUUUCAUUAUUAUGGGGAUUAGCCGGUAGUUUAAUUGAUACAAAUUGGGAUAAAUGUGAUGCAUUUAUUCGUAAUUUAUUUGAUGAUUUAGGUGAUGCAAGACUUCCUCAACAUUCUGAUUUAUGGUCCUGCUUUGUUGACAUGGAUACACGUCGUAUGGAUAAUUGGGAUAAAUUGCUUAAUACAUUUAUUUAUAAUAAACAAAUACCAUUUUUUGAUAUGAUUGUACCAACUAUAGAUACAAUCAGAUAUGGAUACAUGUUAGAUAAACUAUUAGCUGUAAAUCAAAGUGUACUGUUUACUGGUUUAACUGGAGUUGGGAAAUCAGUUAUAAUUCGUGGAACAUUGAAUAAUAUCGCUGAAACAAAUAAUUAUAUACCAGCUUAUAUCAAUUUCUCUGCUCAAACAACAAGUAAUCGUACUCAAGAAAUUAUUGAAAGUAAAUUAGAAAAGAAAAAAAAGUAUCUAUUUGGUGCACCUAAUAAUAAACAGAUUAUAUUAUUUAUUGAUGAUUUAAAUAUGCCAAAACAAGAUCAAUAUGGAAGUCAACCACCUAUUGAAUUAUUACGACAAUAUCAAGAUUAUCAUGGUUUCUAUGAUAGAGAUAAAUUAGAAUGGAUUAAUAUUAAAGAUAUGAUAUUAUGUGCAGCAUGUGGUCCACCAGGUGGUGGAAGAAAUCCAAUCACUUCAAGAUUAAUAAGACAUUUUGCAUUAUUUGUUAUACCUUCACCAUCAGAAAUGAGUUUAAAACAAAUAUUUUCUUCAAUUAUAAAUGGUUAUCUACUUGAAUUUCCUCAAGGUGUCCGUACUGUUGGUGAUUCAAUUGUUAAUGCCGCUGUUGAAAUAUAUUCUAGAAUGGCCAAGGAACUAUUACCUACCCCAACUAAAUCUCAUUAUGUAUUCAAUUUAAGAGAUUUGUCAAAAUGUAUUCAAGGCGUUUUACAAGGUGAUGUAAGUGUUAUUCGUAAUAAACAAUCAAUAAGUCGAUUAUUCUAUCAUGAAGCUCAACGAGUAUUUCAUGAUCGAUUAAUUAAUCAAGAAGAUAAAAUGUUUUUCAAUCAAAUUCUGUCAGAAAUGGCAUUGAAAUAUUUCGGUGAAACUAUAGAAGCAGAAACAUUUACAAAGCAUCCAAUUUUAUUUGGUGAUUUUCUAAGACCUGGUAUUCCACGAUCUGAACGAUUAUAUGAAGAAAUAAAUGAUAUGGAUAAAUUAAAAUCAUUGUUAAUGGAUUACUUGGAUGAUUACAAUAUGACAAUGUCAAAGGAUGUGAAACUUGUCUUCUUUGUCGAUGCGAUUGAACAUGUUUGUCGUAUUGCUCGAAUAAUUAGACAAGAUAGAGGAAAUGCUUUAUUAGUUGGUGUCGGUGGUACCGGUAAACAAUCAUUAACUAGAUUAGCAGCACAUAUCAAUGAUUAUCAAUGUUAUCAAAUUGAAUUAUGUCGUGGUUAUGAUUAUGUAUCAUUUCAUGAAGAUUUAAAAAAACUUUAUUAUAUAGCUGGUAUAGAUAAUAAACCAACUGUAUUCUUAAUGACAGAUAAUCAAAUUAUUAUAGAAGAAUUCCUUGAAGAUAUUAAUAAUAUAUUGAAUUCUGGUGAAGUAUCAAAUCUAUUCGAUAAUGAUGAAUAUGAACAUAUUAUUAAUGAUUGUCGUAUAGCAGCUAAAGAAUAUGGUAUCAUUGAAGGAAAUCGUAAUGGAAUUUAUGAAUUUUUUAUUAAUCGUAUUAAAAAUAAUUUACAUAUUGUAUUAUGUAUGUCACCAAUUGGUAUCAAUUUUCGUAUAAGAUGUAGAAUGUUUCCAUCAUUAAUUAAUUGUUGUAUAAUUGAUUGGUUUAUUGAAUGGCCUAAAGAAGCAUUAUAUAAUGUUGCUAUGUAUACAUUUUCACAAUCGGAUUUUGGUUCAAAUGAACUUAAAGAAUCUAUAUCAAAAUUAUCUACCGAUAUUCAUUUAAGUGUUUCAGAAGCAGCUGUACGUUUUUAUAAUGAAUUAAAACGUCAUUAUUAUACUACACCGACAAGUUAUUUAGAAUUGCUUGGAUUAUAUAUGACAAUGUUGAAUAAAAAAACAAAAGAAUUAACUGAUGGACGUGAUAAAUUUCGUAAUGGUUUAAAUAAAAUAUUAGAAACUAAUGAUUUAAUUGCUAAAAUGGAAACGGAACUAACAGCAUUACGUCCAACACUUGAAGCAAAACAACGUGAUACAGAAAAAUUAAUGAUAAAAUUAAGUGAAGAUCAAGAACAGGCUGAUAUUGUUCGUAGUCGAGUUAAAGAAGAUGAAAUGUUGGCUAAACAAAAAGCAGCUGAAAAUCAAAUUAUAGCUGAUGAUGCACAACGGGAUUUAGAUGAAGCAAUACCAGCAUUGGAAGCAGCUAAUAAAGCACUUGAUUCAUUAGAUAAAAAUGAUAUAUCUGAAAUUCGUGUAUUCACUAAACCACCACAAUUAGUACAAACUGUUAUGGAAGCUGUUUGUAUUAUGCUUGGACAAAAAGGUGAUUGGGCAACAGCUAAAACUGUAUUAAAUGAUUCAAAUUUUUUAAGAAAAUUAGUUGAAUAUCCAAAAGAUGAUAUAACUGAUGGACAAUUAAAAAAAUUAAAAAAAUUUAUUGAUAAUCCUGAAUUUAUACCAGAAAUUGUUGAAAAAACAAGUAAAGCUUGUAAAUCAAUGUGUAUGUGGGUUAGAGCAUUGAAUUUAUACGCUCAUAUAUUUCGUACUGUGGAACCAAAAAGGAAACGUUUAGAAGAAGCGAAUGCAGAUUUAGAUAUUGUCAUGCGUAAACUUCAACAGAAACAAUUAGAAUUAUCAGAUGUAGAACAAAAGAUUACAUUAUUACAACAAGAGUAUCAUCAAUCCAUCAAUGAAAAAAAGAAACUAGAACAAUAUUUAACAUUAAUAUCAACUAGAUUAAAACGUGCUAAUAAAUUAACCACUGGUUUAAUGGAUGAACAAGAUCGUUGGAAAUUAUCAAUAGAACAAUAUAAUAUACAAUUAAAUCAUAUUAUAGGUGAUGUAUUUAUAGCAUCCGCUUGUAUAGCUUAUUAUGGUGCAUUCACAAUCAAUUAUCGUCAUGAUUUAAUGCAACAAUGGAUUCAUCGUUGUCAUGAAUUAAAUAUAUCUGUUAGUGAAGAAUUAACAUUAUUUCAUAUCCUUGGUAAUUUAUAUGAAAUAAGACAAUGGACAAUACAAGGUUUACCAAAAGAUUCAUUUAGUAUAGAUAAUGCUAUUUUAGUUACAAAUUCAAGACGUUGGCCAUUAUUCAUUGAUCCACAAGAACAAGCCAAUCGUUGGAUACGUACAAUGGAAUCACAGAAUCAAUUAAAAAUUAUUAAAUUAACCGAUUCAAAUUUAUUAAGAAUCUUAGAAAAUUGUAUACGUUUAGGAUUACCAUUAUUAAUUGAAGAUAUUGCUGAAACAUUAGAUCCUUCAUUAGAAUCUAUAUUAUUAAAACAAACUUUUAUGUCCGGUGGUCGUUUAUUAAUACGACUUGGUGAUAAUGAUAUAGAAUAUAAUCAAAAUUUUCGUUUAUAUAUAACAACUAAAUUAUCUAAUCCACAUUAUUUACCUGAUAUAUCUAUUAAAGUAACAAUUAUUAAUUUUACUGUAACAUUAAAUGGUUUAGAAGAUCAAUUAUUAAAUGAUGUUACUAGUAUUGAAAGACCAGAAUUAGAAGAACAACGUAAUCAAUUAAUUGUUAAAAUUAAUACAGAUAAAAAUCAAUUAAAAGAAACAGAAAAUAGAAUAUUGAAAUUAUUAUUUGAAUCUGAAGGGAAUAUAUUAGAUAAUGAAGAUUUAAUUAAUACAUUAAAUGAAUCUAAAAUAAAAUCAAGUGAAAUUACAAAACGUUUAACUGAAGCAACAUUAACAGAACAAAAAAUUACAACAGCACGUUCAAAAUAUUUACCAAUUGCUACACGUGGUUCUGUUAUGUAUUUUGUAAUAACAGCUAUGGCUGAAAUUGAUCCAAUGUAUCAAUUUUCAUUGAAAUAUUUCAAAAAUUUAUUCAAUACAACGAUACAAAAUAGUCCAAAUGUAACUACAUUAGAUGAACGUAUACAAAUUUUAAUAGAUUCUAUUACUAUAGCAACAUAUAAUAAUAUUUCACGUGGUUUAUUUGAACGUGAUAAAUUAAUCUUUUCAUUUAUGUUAUGUAUUGAAAUAUUAAAACAAAUGAAUCAAAUUACAAUCAAUGAAUGGUUGUAUUUCUUAUUAGGUAUACCUAAUGAUAAUAUAAUGACUAAUAAUAAACAACAAUUAGAACAACCAAUUCAUACAAAAAAUUGGUUAAAUAUAAAACAAUGGAAACGUAUUAUUGAUUUAUCACAAUAUUUUCCAGAACAAUUUCAUACAUUACCUAAUGAUAUUUGUAAUUAUUCAAUUAUUAUUGAUUUUAAUCCAAUAAUGAAACAGUUACCAAGGGAACAACAACAACAACAAGAAGAUGAUGAAGAAUUGGGUAUUUAUAGAUUAACUCCUAAAUAUGAUAAAAAUACAUUACCACUUAGUAACUAUAAUGAAAAAUUAACAUCAUUUCAAAAAUUAUUACUUAUAUCAACAUUCUAUGAAGAGAAAACGACCAAAGUAAUAAGAGAUUUUAUAUAUUAUAAUCUUGGUAAAGAAUUUAUUGAAACCCCUUCAUGUCAAUUAUCAAUAUUAUAUAAAGAAAUUAAUUCAAUUACACCAUUAAUAUUUAUAUUAUCAAGUGGUUCAGAUCCAAUGAAUCAAUUUCAAAAAUUUAUUAAAGAAUUUAAUUAUAUAGAACGUGUACAUAUUGUAUCAUUAGGACAAGGACAAGGUCCAAAAGCAGAGAAAUUAAUUAAUGAAGCAUGUAAAUUAGGUGAUUGGGUAUUUUUACAGAAUUGUCAUUUAGCUGCUUCAUGGAUGAUUCGAUUAGAAGAAAUAGUGAAACAACUUGCUGAAAAUCCUAAAUCAACACAUACAGAUUUUCGUUUAUAUUUAAGUUCAAUGCCAUCAAAAUCAUUUCCAAUAUCUGUAUUACAAAAUUCAGUAAAAGUAACUAAUGAACCACCAAAAGGAUUAAAAGCAAAUCUUGUUCGAGCAUUGAAUGAUAUAUCCAUGGAAUCAUUUAAUACACAUGUGUUAAGAAAUGAUUGGCGUAAAUUAGUAUUUGGUAUUUGUUUCUUUCAUUCAAUUAUAUUGGAAAGAAAAAAAUUUGGACCACUUGGAUGGAAUAUUAAUUAUGAUUUUAAUGAUUCGGAUCGUGAAUGUGCAUUAUUAAAUUUAGAAAUGUUCUGUCAUGAAUCUUAUAUACCAUGGGAUGCUUUAACGUAUAUCACAGCUGAAAUUACAUAUGGUGGACGUGUCACUGAUUUCUGGGAUCAGAGAUGUUUACGUACAAUACUUCAACGUUUCUUUCAUCCAUCUACAUUAAAAUCAGAUUAUGUUUAUUCAUCAUCUGGUAUUUAUUAUCCACCAACUAAAGAAACUUUAGCAGAAUAUUUGGAAUAUGUAUCUAGUCUUCCAUUUAGUUCAGGACCUGAAUUAUUUGGUAUGAAUGAAAAUGCUAAUUUAGUAUAUCAGCUUCAAGAAACAAAUAAUCUAUUAUCUGUUAUUCUUAAUGUUCAACCACGUACAAAUACAAUGAGUACAGGGAAAACAAAUGAUGAUAUGGUUUAUGAACAAGCUGAUUCUAUAUUGAAAAAAUUACCAGAAAAAAUUAAUAUUGAAGAUGCACGUCCAGAUUUAUUCGAUACUGAUAAUAAAGGUCGUAUAGAUUCAUUGACUACUGUACUUACUCAAGAAAUUGAUCGAUUUAAUAAAUUAUUAAAAAUUAUCAAGAAUUCUUUGAAACAACUUCAAAAAGCAAUUAAAGGUUUUAUUGUUAUGUCAGAAGAUUUGGAAGGUGUAUACACAGCAUUUUUACAAAAUUCUGUACCAGAAAUUUGGUCAUCUAAAUCAUAUCCAAGUUUAAAACCAUUAGGUAGUUGGAUAAAAGAUUUAGUACUACGUUGUGAUUUUAUUAACACAUGGAUGAUUAGAGGAAAACCUCUUUCAUUUUGGAUAUCUGGAUUCUUUUUUCCUCAAGUUUAUUUUCUUCUAUUGUUUUGUUUAAGAUGGGAUGAUAAAACAAUGCAAAUAACUGAUUCUAUAUUGGGUGAAAUGUUAUCUAUUAUGCCAAUAAUACAUAUGAAACCAGAAAUGGAUUAUAUACCAGAUUCAAAUGAUUAUAUUGCACCAUUAUAUAAAACUGCAGCCAGAGCUGGUGUAUUAUCAACAACAGGUAUGUCAACAAAUUUCAUAGUCGCUGUUCCAUUGAAAACAAAUAAGCCUCAAGCGUAUUGGAUUGAGAUGGGUGCAAGUUUACUAUGUGAAUGUGUAAAUCCCUAAGUAAAAACAAUCUUUAAUCAGACAAUCAAUCAUAAAAUCAACUUAUGUUGAUGUAUUUAAUUUGGUAUUCCACUUUUAUUUACUUAAUAACUACGUAAAAC